CCACGAGAUUGAUAAUCGACCCGGCAAGCUCAGAGCCAUCACAGAAUGUCAGCGGCACAACUUCUCAACCCAAAGGCCGAGUCCCGAAGGAGGGGUGAAGCUCUGAGGGUCAACAUCAGUGCCGGCGAGGGCCUGCAAGAUGUGCUCAAGUCCAACCUCGGCCCGCGAGGCACGAUCAAGAUGCUCGUCGACGGCGCGGGACAGAUCAAACUGACCAAGGACGGAAACGUGCUGCUGAGGGAAAUGCAAAUCCAAAACCCGACCGCUGUCAUGAUUGCCCGAGCGGCGACUGCGCAGGACGACAUCUGCGGCGACGGCACGACGUCGGUGGUGCUGCUGGUGGGCGAGCUGUUGAAGCAGGCAGACCGAUACAUCUCGGAGGGACUGCACCCACGCAUCAUCACCGACGGCUUCGAGAUUGCCAAGGCUGAGGCUCUCAAGUUCCUCGACUCCUUCAAGCUGGCCAAGGAGGUCGAUCGCGAACUGCUGCUCAACGUUGCCCGAACAUCCCUCGCCACGAAGCUCAACCCCACACUGGCUGCGAAGCUGACCCCCGAUAUCGUCGAUGCCGUGCUGUCCAUCUACCAGGCCCCGGCCAAGCCCGACCUGCACAUGGUGGAGAUUAUGAAGAUGCAGCAUCGCACUGCCUCAGACACGCAGCUCAUUCGAGGACUGGCGUUGGACCACGGCGCCAGGCAUCCCGACAUGCCCAAGCGACUGGAGAACUGCUACAUCCUGACAAUGAACGUCAGCUUGGAGUACGAGAAGACGGAGAUCAACUCUGGCUUCUUCUACUCCAGCGCCGAGCAGCGAGACAAGCUUGUCGAGAGUGAGCGCCGGUUCAUUGAUGCCAAGCUCAAGAAGAUUGUGGAGCUGAAGAAGCAGGUGUGCGGUGACGACGGCAAGAAGAGCUUCGUCAUCAUCAACCAGAAGGGCAUCGAUCCUCUUUCCCUCGACGUCCUGGCCAAGAACGGCAUCCUGGCGCUGCGGAGAGCGAAGCGGAGGAACAUGGAGAGACUGCAGCUCAUCUGCGGCGGCACUGCCCAGAACACCGUGGACGAUCUGACGCCCGAGGUCCUCGGCUGGGCCGGCCUUGUCUACGAGCAGACUCUGGGCGAGGAGAAGUACACCUUCAUCGAGGAGGUCAAGGACCCCAAGUCUGUCACCAUCUUGAUCAAGGGACCCAACCAGCACACCAUUGCCCAGGUCACGGAUGCCGUCCGAGAUGGCCUGAGGAGUGUCUACAACAUGAUUGUCGACAAGAGUGUUGUCCCUGGCGCCGGUGCUUUCCAGGUUGCUUGCGCUGCCCACCUCAAGAGCGAUGCCUUUGCGAAGACUGUCAAGGGCAAGGCCAAGUGGGGCGUGGAGGCGUUUGCUGACGCCCUGCUCAUUAUUCCCAAGACCCUUGCUGCCAAUGCUGGUCACGAUGUUCAGGAUGCUCUUGCCGCCCUGCAAGACGAGCACGCUGAAGGCCAGACUGUUGGUCUGAACCUGGAGACCGGAGAGCCGAUGGAUCCCGAGCUGGAGGGUGUCUUUGACUCCUUCAGGGUGCUGAGAAACUGCAUUGCCUCAAGCUCAGGCAUUGCGUCCAACCUGCUGCUCUGCGACGAGCUGCUCAAGGCUCGACAGAUGGGCAGAGCUGCUGGGCCGGGCCCGGGCAUGGACGGCCCUGAGGAUCACAUGUAAAUACGUGAAUCUGUUGUUUAGACUUGUAGUAGACAAAAAUCAUUCCGCAACAUG